AUGGUAUCAAGCUGUAAACGAUCAACCCUGUAUUAAGCGUUAUAGCGUAUUAGAGAAUCACCGACAACUAACGGAUUACCCAAGAUAUUUACCAUCGAUAAAUAAGGACUCUAUGGCAGAAUGUAUGUACGUUUUUUAAGAGAUUUUUUCCACUCGGCGUAUGGACCGUGUUUAAACAAGCGUGCUAUUGCAGGCGACACAGUGAUGCAUGAAGCUUACAAAGAAGCCCAAGAAAGAGGAACACUUCCUUUUAACCGAACCAAGGUCCUUAUUCUAGGAGACCACGCUGCGGGAAAGACGUCAACUUGCAGGCGUUUACAGGGAAAGAGUUUUCGACAAGAUGAGCCAAGUACAAUAGGGAUCGAAACAAAGUAUGCGAAAGCGAACAUUAGUGAUGUUAACAGUAAGUGGCAUGAGGUAGGCCUAUCACAUACCCCACUGAAUGACAAUGAGCAUGAACAAUCAGCAGCCUGGUGGGCAGUGUCUCAUUUGAAAAAACAAAAAGAAACUGAAACCAAGAGAACAGGAAACACACCUAGAAUAAACAAGGUGUCCGUAGGACAUCUAUUUCAAAAUAUGUUCCACGAAUUCUUUCUCAUUAUUCCCAUCUUUAUACUUUAUACUCUAUUUGGUGGGUUUACAUUCGGAUUUGGAGUGAUUGUAUGGAUUUAUAUUUCUUGCUUAAUGCUUAUAAUCAAUGUCCAUUGGGCUUACCGGAUUGGAUCUUCGUACAUGGUAGGGGCGGUGCUCAUAGAUAGUGCAAUGAGUAUAAAUGAAUGCAGUACGGAAUUUAAUGAUUUUAAGUUGGAUUUUUGGAAUGACAUGUCUACCGCAGCAAUAAUUUUCAUGUAUAGUGUAGUUGCAUUUUUAAAUGGUAUACUUCUUGGUACAGGUUGUAGAACUGGAGUGUGCGUUGCUUUGUGUAUCAUGGUGCAUCCCAAACAGAAAAUAUUUACCAUCGAAAAUGCUACAGAAAGUUUAUUACUCACCUACAGCAAAGAAUGUUUUACCCUAAAAAUUUGCAUCGUUGUAGGCACUAUUAUGAUAAUUCGUAGGUAUGUUCAGGCUAAGAUAAUUUCAAUGAGACGAAACAAUUACAUUCUUGCGUUAAUUAGCACCAAUGUGUUCAUUGCAGCCGUGGCCUGUAUCGGACGGCGGUAUUGUCUAGGAAUACUUUCAUCUUUGUGCUUUUCGGUAAUUCCGUUUUUUACUACGGUUGGAGUCACAUUGGGUAAAGAGUUUCUUGUUUAUGGGUAUAUUCCUCCUAUAUAUAUUAUGAAGAAUUGUAUUGGUUUUAUUGCAGGAAUAUGUAUAGGCCAUUUUUGUGGGUGGGAACUUCCAGAUUUAGAAAUCUCAACGGGAAGCCAAGUCCAAUUCGCCAUUCCACGAUAUUUCUUCAAUUUAUUUCUCUUUGUAGCCCCUGUUACUGCAUACGUCGUCUAUGAAUUUGUUGCAUACAAACAAGUGAAAAAUACAACAACCAUACCGAUAAAGCAUGUCAGGAAUUCUUUAGAAGCAAGCAUGCGUGAUGAAUCUUAUUUGGACGCCAAAUUUAGUAUAUGGGACUUUGCUGGGCAAGAAAUAUACUAUAACACCCAUCAUCUCUUCAUGCCAAAGCAGGGGGUAUAUCUAAUUCUUUUUAACGCCAUUGAAGCUGCUCUUAAUUCCGAAAAACAACUUAAACGGCUGAAAUUCUGGCUGCAAUCAGUUGCAAUGCAUGCAGAAGCUGAAAAUGUUGUGGUUCUACUUGUAGGAACAAGACGGGAAAGUGUUCACGACAAAACUGCUCUUUUAAGAUUCGUAAGACUUGCACAUAAUCACCUGUACAAACUAUUUUCAAAAUUUCUUGCGUUUCACCCAUCUGGAAGUCUUUUCUUUUUUAUUGAAAAUACUUUACAAGUAGACAAAGAACUGGACAUCUUACGUGAAGUUAUCUAUAAUGAGUUACAAAAAUUGAAAUUUUUUCAUAAAAGGUUUUUAAUUAAAUACUUACUGUUCAAUAAGUCAUUGAACAAAUUUCGCUUACAAAAACGCAUAAUUACGAGUUUACAAGAUAUUUCAGAGGAAGUCAAAUCGACAUGUGAUGUCAUAUCACAGAAUGAAUUGAUUCAAUUUUUGAAUUACUUUGAUAGGUCUGGUGACGUAAUUUACAAUGGACGCGAUGAAUUGCUUCGAAAUUACGUCAUAUGCGACCCUCAAGUGCUGGUGGACAUUCUCACAAUAUUAGUGAACGUACCUGAUGUUCAGAAAAGAGAUCGUACAGUAACUGACUUCUGGCAGAUAUUGGAAGACACUGGAAUUGUUAACAGUAGGUUACUGGAGCACAUCUGCAGAGUGAAGGGAAUUUGGAAACACUAUCCUUACAUAAUUCGUUUCUUAGUGGGAACACACCUACUUUUUCCGCUCAGUGUUAAUGAUGAAGUCGACCAAGUUGGCACAUUUUUUCUCUCGUGUGGACUGCCGAAGAUAAAUUUGAUCUCAACCAUCUGGAACAUAAAUGAUAAUAUGCAAGAUGUUUUUUAUUUUGACUUAGGAGGAUAUCUUCCAGAAUUUAUAUUUUUGCGCCUUAUUGCUAAAUGCUGUGAAAUGUUUACGUGGGAUAAGAUUUACUACAACGCAGCACGAUUUAGAAUAACUAAUUCAUGUCUUUUCCUCAUCAAUACACAUGUAUUCUCUGGAGGCGUGAAUUUACAUGACAGAAACUUUAUCAAGGUUUCUGUACAUAAUGAAGACCCAACUCUAGUUAUGCGUGUUCUACAAGAAAUGCUUACUUUUAUUAAAGAGAUAAUCAAUCGGAAUUUCAACACAGAUUUUAAGGAGCAAUACAUUUGUGGUCCUGUGUGUGAGACAUGUAGUUUAUUAGAUAAUACAAAGUGUUUGGUAAACCUCAUAGUACCUGAUAACAAUGUCUCUAUAUUAGAUGGCUACAGACCAGACCAGUACCACCAAGUUACACUUAACCCGAAGUUUAGUUUCAUGUGUUACAGGACGAUGAAUGACCAGGUCUGAGCGUUUUACCGCCCAACUGUGGAACGCCACAAAAUCAGUGUAGGCCUAGUACUGUUAAAUGCCAAAUCUAAACGUAAAGAAUAGCAUGUUUAAUGUAUAACAUGUAUAAAUUGGAAUUUCCGCUUAUGUAAUAAUGUUGAAAUGGUUGUUGACCGACAUGGAUAUUCCACUAGAUACGCCCAUUCAUUUAACAUUACCCGUCCCACCCCCCAAUAGACCUUUCCGGAGUGUCAAUCAAACUUAACAACUGACUAAUCAGAACAGCGCUAGGAAUACGCGCGCGUCUCACAAACACACGUGUUGUCCCACAAACGCACGUGUUUGCGUAUGUUUUAACACUGUCGCCUUGUGGGACCUUAGCAACAAUAUCCAAGGGGCGGGGCUUAGCGGAAAGGUCCAUUUUAAACUGCUCUGUAGGUGGUAAUGAAUGGCUCUUCAAAAUCGCUUGAGCAAAAGUUUGAACAAAAUCCCAAUAGGAAUUCAAGAAUGUCAGCCUCUUGAAUUAUUCAAAACUUAUUGUAAGAAGCACUUUCUCUGAAUAUCAAUUUAACAUCGAUCAUAUACACGGUUAAAAAAAUUCCAGUCCCGCAACCUUGACUCAGAAAUACCGUGAUGAUGCCCGGCGGGGAUAGUUUUUUACUAUAAUUAUUUAAGUGAUGUCGAUAAGCAUAACCUUAUAAUUCCCGGUCCCGGAGCCUAGACACAGAAAUACCGGUUGGUGUCCGGCUGGGCAUAGUUUUUUACCAAACUUUUUACUAUUUGUAUUUGACAUGUUUGUUUUUUAUUGUAAAGUAUGACCAUAUUGUAAAACAGCGUUAAUAUCUCGUCUGCAUAUGUUAUCCUGCCUAAGUAUGUUUAAAAUAAAUAAAUAAAUAUAUAAAUAUACCGAGAAGCCCCGGGUUCUUUUUAGGACCCUUGAAUGAGCUUCUUUUCAUGAAGGUCCUUUGAAUGCUGUAGGUGUUGGAAUUGCUUCUAUUCGACAUAUUUUAACUGUGGCAUCAGAAAUUCUGUUUAAUAUUUUUAAUUUUAACCAUUCCACAGGGGUGGCGCCAGGAUUUGCCCGACGGGAGAGGGCCGAGGUCCCCGACGGGAGGGGACCGAAGCCCUCGACGAGGGGUCAGA